GGAGGGACCCAGUGCGCUGAUGGACUGAGAGACAGAUAGGGUUUCUAAUGCACACUAUCUCCUCACCCCUCUCCAUCUGACCGUCUCUCUCUGGCGGAUGAUGUAAUUGUUUUCUAGGAACCUUGCCUUUGCUGAAAGCAGUUAUAUUUUCCAUUUCCAAGUAUCAACUACAGCGCAUAGACUCCACGCAUCUCUCCAACGUCUCUCCGGUCUCCUGCGGGACGGGUGGCGAGGGAGGGUUCGGAGAGACGGGCGUUGAAGCUCUAGUGAGGGGUCUCAGCGGGAUAUUGCUGCAUUUCGGUGGUUCCCAACGGUAAGUUAACUAUUUUUAAAACUAACGGCCUAUCCAGACGCAAAGUUCUGAUCCCUUUCUCUGUCUCGGAGAGAUGCCAAAGAGUUACAACACAAAAUGUCACGUUGCAAACUUCGAUACAGUGUUUAUUGAGAGCUGUAAUUUGUCAGGAAACCUGACCUUUCCCAUUUGACAAGCGCGUCGUAAUAGUUUCCUGGGGUUCUGUUCUGUGGAGCUGUCUGAUGAUUAUUUGCUGAACACAUAGUCCGACAUUAUCAUUAAAUAAUGUAGUUUUACGUUAUUUAAUUCGCCUGUUUGUCAUUUAUUUUGCUAUACACUGUAGCCUAGUUCUUAUAAUAGUGGUUCAGCAUUAUACAUAUCUUAUGACCUGAUUAUAAACUAGGCCCAUAGAGUCAAAAGGUUUACUCCUUCAAGUGAUCAGACCUAUAAAGGCAAAAAUGUGUAUAAUUACAAUAGUGCAAAAAAAGCACUUGAAUGCAUGAAGUAGCCCAUUUGUAGAAUUAGCACUUAUUUUCAUUUUCCAAAGCUUCUUGUGCGCUUCUUCUUGUAAUACCCUCCCUCCCCAAUCGCCUCUCACGCUCUCUAUUUUACAGCGGCAGGGCAGUUGCUCGUUGGACAGGAAUAUUGAAUUCUUUAGGAAUGUUAUUUGCCCGAAGGCACAGCAAAGCGUCUUCAAUACUAAAAAAGUGCAUGGAAGUAAAACUGUAUUUGUGGAAAGGUUUAUAGCCGAAAUUACGUGACCCAUUAACUUUAUAAGAAACAAGAGAGUAUUUUUGUAGACGUUUGUAAAUGACGAAACCGACCUACGCAGCUUUAAAAGAAACCAGAGAGAAGAUGUUGUGGAGGUUGAUAGUUUAUUAGAGUCAGGUGGUACACACUAAAAACAAAUGGUUCUAUAUAGUGCCAAAUAAGGGUUAUUUGACUCGUAACUAUAGCGGAUCCCUCUUGGGUGCUAUACUAUAUAGAACCCUUUUUUGGAGGUUAUUUAAAGAACCAUGCUCAUAUGGUUCUAACUCGAACCUUUAUGGUGCUAUAAAGAACCCGUUCCUAAUGUUCUAUAUAGCACCAAAAAAGGUUUCGCUAUAGUUACACCCCUUGUUAAAACCCUUUUUUGAUGCUGUAUAGAACCAUUUUAUAGAAGCUUUAUGGAGAAUGGUUCUAUAAAGAACCUUUCUCAAUUUCAAAGGUGCUAGAAAUAACAUUUUGAAGAACAAUACAGGGUUCUUUUUUCGUGUUUUAUAUUGUCAAAAUGUCAUAGGUUUUAUUAUUGUGUUAAUUGACAAGUUGAAUCAGGUGUGCUAGCUCUGGGACGGUUGGGGGUUCCUGAGGAGAGGUUGGAGAACCACUGAGCUAGACAACAGUUGACACAAGGCCAUAUGUGAGUCUUUCACAAGGCACUGUCACUGGCCAUAGUAAUAUUUAACAUGUAAUGGCAUUACACAACGGAUUAGAUCAACUGGAAUUACACUAUUUUCUUAAUAUGUGUCAAGCACACAUCCCCCCUCUCUCCCUCUCGGUCUCUUCCUUUCUCUCUGUCUGCUGGGAUACUUCAAACCAAGUAUAUUGUUUUUCUCCACUCGGCAAAGCCAGAGCUAAUUCGGCCAUGUGAGCACAGCUCAGUGCAGGUCAUUACCGUGUUUAAAUGGAUUUCUGAAGAAGAGGAUACAGAAUGCUGCAAAACAGCAACUGGCUAUAUUAAAGCUAUGUAUAUGCCUAAAAGAAAUCCCCCAUAUAAUGGCACACAUUUUACAAUAUGGUUUCUUGUGCAAAAACAGUCUGCUAUUUAAAACAAUAUACAUUCAAGACUUAACAACAGGUAAAGAAUGCUAGGCCUAUUAUAGCAAUAUAUAUAUAUAUAUUUUUUUUUAUCCUCCUUAAGGUGCGGUCAUGUGGCAAAGAAUUGUGAUUUGCUGCGCGCUGCUUGCGCUCUGUUCAGCAGCACCGCCCGCUCACAUCAACCGUCUGGCGCUGUUCCCUGACAAGAGCGCUUGGUGCGAGGCCAAGAACAUCACACAGAUAGUCGGACACACCGGCUGCCAGCCUCGCUCUAUCCAAAACAGGUCAGUGUGGAACACACACACACACACCUACCACAAACUCAAGUCCAUACAACACAGCACACAUGCAGAAGCAUUUCUUUUCAAGAGGGUGACUGACUCCUUUUAAUAACUGAAGGCAGGAAUGAAGUUUUAAUUUGAAUAGACAAAUUACCCAAUAUCACCCUAAUUUGAAAGUGCAAGCAGGUCCGGAUUAAGAAUCAUAGCCGUUUUUAGGAUUUCCACACAUGGGGAACAUUUGUUAGCAGGGACCGAAAAAUCUAUCUGGUUUUUAAUUCAAACAAACAAAAGCCCAGGCCAAUGAAGCGACACACAUAUUGUACAAUAUGAGGAGGCUAUAUAUAUAUACACUACCAGUCAAGAGGCUCUUAUGAGGACCGCCACAGGAAUGGAAGACCCAGGAUAAGUUAAUUAGAGUUACCAGCCUCAGAAAUUGCAGCCAAAAUAAAUGCUUCACAGAGUUCAAGUAACAGACACAUCUCAACAUCAACUGUUCAGAGGAGACUUCAUGGUCGAAUUACUGCAAAGAAACCACUACUAAAGGACACCAAUAAGAAGAAGAGACUUGCUUGGGCCAAGAAACACGAGCAAAGGACAUUAGACUGGUGGAAAUUUGUCCUUUGGUCUGGAGUCCAAAUUGGAGAUUAUUGGUUCACACCACUCUAGCCAACGCUUGGUAUUGUGCAUGGUGAUAUUAUGCUUGUGUGUGGCUGCUCGGCCAUGGAAACCCAUUUCAUGAAGCUCCCGACGAACAGUUCUUGUGCUGAUGUUGCUUCCAGAGGCAGUUUGGAACUCGGUAGUGAGUGUUUCUACCAAGGACUGGCAAUGUUUACGCAUUACGCGCUUCAGCAGUCGGCAGUCCCAUUCUGUGAGCUUGUGUUGCCUACCACUUCGCGGCUGAGCCGUUGUUGCUCCUAGACUUUUCCACCUCACAAUAACAGCACUUAAAGUUGACUGGGGCAGCUCUAGCAGGGCAGAAAUUUGACAAACUGACUUGUUGGAAAGGUGGCAUCCUAUGACGGUGCUACGUUGAAAGUCACUGAGCUCUUCAGUAAGGCCAUUCUACUGCCAAUGUUUGUCUAUGGAGAUUGUAUGGCUGUGUGCUCGAUUUUAUACACCUGUCAGCAACGGGUGUGGCCUUACGAAUCCACUAGUUUGAAGUGGUGUCCACAUACUUAUGUAAAUAUAUAUUUAUUUAUCAUAGGCUAUAGGCUACUAAAUAUAAUUCCCAGUGGCACACGGACUCACUAAUGAUGAUGUUAAAGCCAUAGGCUACUACUCACGGUGAUGGCCGAUACGCUCGUCUUAGCAAUAGCCUAUCUCAAGAUGAGCUACUUUGAAAAACAGUAGGCCUACUGCUGUCCGCAAAAAAUUGGGAGUUGUAGAGAAAAAAAGACAGAUUAGUCUUCUCUUUUCAGCAGUAGCCCUUUACUUUCCAAACUUUACGUUUUUUCCCAUGAUUGUAUUUUGAAAUUUACAAUAGGCAACCAACCAUAGAAAUAUAAUCCAUAGAUGGCAGGUCUGGCUGCUAUUGCUAGUGUACCCACGAGAAUAAUAGUCAAAUUGCCAGGGUAAGAGGUUCCAAAACCCUUCUAUGGAUUAUAUGUCUAUGUCCACAACGCAACAAGUUGUAUAUUUGGUGCUCAUGCUGGCAAAAUUGUGGCCCUCCCGACUGUAGGCAACCGGUAACUGCCAAAAUAAAGGAAACACUUGAGUAAAUGAGGGACACAAAUAGUAUGUUAUGGUGUGGGGUGCAUUUUCCUGGCAUGGUUUAGGUCCACUUGUAGAAUCUAUGCCAAGGCACAUUGAAGCUGUUCUGGCAGCUCGUAGUGGCCCAACACCCUUUUAAGACACUAUGUUGGUGUUUCCUUUAUUUUGGCAGUUACCUGCAUGUGCUUGUGAUAAAAUGUAAUCCACAGUUAUUCUUUAGGGACUAUUGAUCCCCUGUGGCUAAAUUAUGCUCUCUCUUGAACAUUCAGAGCAGGCUCCUGUGGUUGGAUAAAAAAAAUAUUAUUACAAAAAUAACGUGUGAGCUCCUGACUCACAAUUGACCAGUCACAUUUAUUUAUUAUGCAGUUACCCAAUCAAGGCAGGGCCCCCCAGUUACCCACGUGUGCCCCCUACCUACUCUCCUCCCCCCUUCUGACGAUUAGCAGAGCAGCAGCAGGCUGUCUACACUCAUUGAGAACGGGCUCCUGAAUCCUCCUGUGGUUGGCGGUUGCAGUAAAAAAUAAAAUAAUUGAGCGAUCACUUAUAUAAUAUAUACUGUAUAUAUUUCCUUUAUUUGAUUAUUAUUAUUUGCUGCCCCUUGGGCCCGCCACAGGCCUGGGACCAAGCCCCUGCAUUAAUCUGGCCCUGUGUGCAAUGGUCACCUCCAGAAUAAAAUCAGCCAUGAAAUAUACAGGUAUCAAAGCUGAAUGGUGACAUCAUCCCUCUUUCUCUUUCCUCCCUCUCUCCCCUAUCAUUCCAGGGCGUGUCUGGGGCAGUGCUUCAGCUACAGCGUCCCCAACACCUUCCCCCAGUCCACUGAGUCCCUUGUGCACUGUGACUCCUGCAUGCCUGCACAGACACAGUGGGAGGUGGUAAGUUUACACAUGCACGCACGCACGCACACACACACAUACACACACAUACACACACACACACACACACACACACUACUCUUUCAAUAUACACAUUUCCACAAAACCCUAGUACACGUAACCACACAACCCCAGUAGCCUAUCGAAACACACGACCACAACCACAAUUGGUCCUGCAUUUAAUUAAUUCAAGGUUGUUCAUGUCCUCUGUCUUUAAUGGCCUGCCUGUCUAGUAGCCAGGGAUUCCAGAGCCCUGGAACAACAAAGGCCCUGUGUUGAGGUAUACUGUAUGUAGUUUAAAGAGCAGCCAGACAGGUAGGAUAGGAGUGGGCUUGGGACCACAGGUGAGGUGACUUCAUGCCUCAAGAAAAAACUUGAUUGAUGUAUACAAUAUUGAAAAAGGAAAUGGAAGCAGAUUCAUGUGCCUUAUCAGUCCAGCUGUUGAUAAAUGAAUUUUGACUAUGAUUAUGACUAUUUUGGAUCCACACAAUCCUGCUGUCAUGGUAUGCCUUUCAUGCUGGAUUACAUUUUUGUGGAUUUUUAUAGCUUGACUAAAAACAGUCCUCUGAGCAUAAAAGUGUGCUAAUUGUUUUCUCAAGUUUUAAUAUUCUGUCGUUUCCAACCAUGAUGGUGCAUUGUCAAAUGAUUUCAGAUCCAGCCUAUUGUUGGUCUGGCAGCUGUGUCAAGCUUGACUGAAUUUCUGAAAUCACAACAUUACUCAGAGCGGGGUACAUUGUUUGAAGAUGGAUGCAGAGGCUUUGUCUUAAAUCUCUCUGCCAGAGACUGACAUGUGUGGAAGACUCUGUAGGAGAAGGGGGAGGGGGGGGGGGGGGGGGUGAAGUGAAUGUGGCAUGUGUGUAAUGCAUUAUGUGUUAUGUGUGUAGGUGACUUUGGAGUGCCCGGGCAGUGAGGAUGCUCCUCGUGUGGAUAAGCUGGUGGAGAGGAUCCUCCACUGCAGCUGCCAGUCCUGCAGUAAGGAGGGAGCCCAGGAGGGGGCACUGAUGCAGCUCUACCCAUCAGAGAGCGCCCAAGACCCCCCUAUCCUACCAGAGAGCCACCACAGCGGCACACACUCUCAGCAUGCUCACACACACACAGAGCCACACACACACACAUCUGAUGGAGGGUAGGUCGCUCGAUCGCCACUGACACUUCCUCUCUCUCCAUUCUUGAUUCUUCUCCCAAACCUCUCCACAAGUUGUUUCUUCUACACACAGUUACAGCACUUUGAAAGUAAAACUUCACUUUACAUGAAAAUUGCUUAUAAAAGCACAUGCACACAAGCUCCCUCAUGCUGUACUCUUCACAAGACAACCACAGUAUAAGUGAACACAUACAAAGACACCAGCUUAUCUACACUGUUUUUGUCAUCUAACUUCUCACUUAGGAGGACAACGAAUAUAACAAUCCUACACACACACACAUAUGCACACCCAGGCAUGCACUCUGACGCGCAACUAUAGACUUUUGAAGCUGUAGUCUUUUAUCUGUAAAUCUGUCUUGAAAAAAAUAAUUUAAAAAUCAUAGAGCUACAGUUCAAACCCUACAAAGGUUCUUGCCUUAAUUUGUGUCUAUAACCAAUUUGCAUUAGUAUCUGACCUAAUGUUAAAUGUUCCAAUUAGUGCUUCUCCUAUGAGAAUAAAUCUAUUUUUGUUCAAUCUUAUCAAUGAA